AUGGACUACGAUUAUCUAAUAAAAUUAUUAUGCGUUGGAGAUUCUGGCGUUGGGAAGACUAGUUUUCUAUAUAAAUAUACGGACGGAGUUUUUCACACCCAGUUUAUUUCAACUGUUGGUAUAGAUUUCAGGGAGAAAACAGUGAUUUAUCAACAAAAUGGAAGGCAACAUCGCAUACAUUUACAACUUUGGGACACUGCAGGUCAGGAAAGAUUCCGAAGUUUAACAACAGCUUUUUACCGUGAUGCAAUGGGGUUUCUACUACUUUUUGAUCUAACUAAUGAAGCUUCCUUCCUCGAAGUCAGAAACUGGAUUGAGCAGCUGAAGACACAUAGUUUGAGCGACGAUCCCGACAUUGUUCUGUGCGGUCAUAAAUGUGAUUUGCAAGAGAAGAGACUGGUGAACCAGAACCGUGCAAGAGAAUUUGCAAAAAACUAUAACUUGCCAUAUUUAGAAACAAGUGCCAAAACUGGACAGAAUAUUGAUCGAGCUAUUGAAAUUCUUCUUGAUAAAAUAAUGUACAGAAUGGAAACAUCAGUGGAAUAUGCAAUGUUGUGUGCGUCGGGCCGCCGGCGUCAGUCGUUACAGAAACUUCAAGCAAAGCAGGACAGAAAGUUUUGCUCUUGCUGA